UGGAAUAUCGUAAUAAAUUUGCUGUACACAGUUUAUUCUCGUCGUAGUAGUCGUCGUUGUUGUUGUUGUUGUUAUAUUUGUUGUUGUUGUUGUUGUUGUUAUAUUUGUUGUUGUUGUUGUUGUUAUAUUUGUUGUUGUUGUUGUUGUUAUAUUUGUUGUUGUUGUUGUUGUUAUAUUUGUUGUUGUUGUUGCUUUACAUACAGUUGCAGCGAUUUUCGUUUCUUGUGCUAGCGCACAAAUUUUCGUGUCGUUGACGCAAGUUUUAUCAUAAGUUCCUUUCUUUUUUUUUCAAGAUGAAAGACAUUUCCACCUUAAAAUAAUAAAGUGUAGAAACAGUGACUUAUCUUGUUCUGUGUCAGUAUCGACUUUCAAAACAAAUAUUUGCUAAUCUGAUCAAUGUGCGAGAACAUCCUCAGUUGCACGGAAUUCCUCACAUGCGUAAUCCAUGUUUAAAUAUACAAUUAAAUGAUUUCGUUUCAAUAGAAAGAGCAGACAAAGAAUGGCCGAAUCAAAGUUUACAAAUAUCGAUGACUUCUCAGAGCAGACCUCGCAGAUAUUAAGAAGUACAUCGUUUUCUGAUCCCGAGAUAAAGAAUUCAACAAAACAGACCAAAAUGGAUGCUUUGUGUGAAUUAACUACGAAAAUUACGAAACGUCCAGCAAACUACGACAUACCCGCACCAGAUUACGAAAGAGCGUUCGAUUACAACAGCAACGGAUAUUUGAGUCCAGUUGAAAAUAUCUCUGGCGAUCAGGAAUUCCUCACAGCCGCUUUUAUUCGCAAAAAUAUGUCGUCGCAAAUGAAAGAUAUUUCGAAAGAUAUUCAAAUGAGGUCGAAGCAGGAUACUCAAAAAAGACCAGAAUUUCUUACCAAACAACAUCAAAUGAAAUCUGCGGCGUUGCGUAAACAAGAAGAAAAAAAGAAGGAAGAGUCGAAUGAACUGUUUGCAAAACUCAAGUCUCGAUCGCAGCAAAUAAAACAGGUUGAAGAACAAAAUCAAGAAGAGAAAAAUAAGCCGGAAUUCAUGAAAAUUAAAUUAAAACCCAAACAACCGCUAUUGUCCAAUCAUAGCGUUUGUUCGGAUAAAAACCUAACCACCGUACGUCCAGUCAACUAAAAUAGGGCACAAGAAAGUAUUGGAGAAUACUCGGUCUAACACUUUAGUAAGAAACCUGAGUUGUUAUUGUGGGUUUUUUUUUUAUCAAACUUUUAUGUAGAUAGAUUAUUUUAGUGGAAAAUUUUAUAAUUAUGUAUAUAUUUUAAUAAUGCUGCUAUAAUAAACCAGAAAUUUGUUAAUUUCAUGA